AUGAGAAGACCAUUUACUGGCCGGAGGAUAGGUCAUACAAGAUGACCAUUAAUUUCAGAAACAAGACAGAUAAGGGAUAUUGGUAUGAAACCAACGACUUCUCAGCUGCGGAACAUGGGGGUACCCAUCUGGAUGCCCCCGCUCAUUUCUCCAAGGGCAAAUGGCGUGUGAGUGAUAUACCACCGGAACGGUUCAUUGCCGAGGGUGUAGUCAUUGAUAUUAAGGACAAGGCAAAGAAGAGUGCAGUGGCGCAGCUCACCAUCGACGACAUCAGUGCCUGGGAGAAGAGGAAUGGGAAUAUACCGAGAGGCUCCAUCGUCUUUAUGAACUCUGGCUGGCAGUCCCGCUGGCCAAACAAGACGGAGUACCUUGGAACCGCAACAAAUGAUAUCACUAAACUCAGGUUUCCUGGCUUUCACCCAAAUGCAGCCAAGUGGCUUGUCACGAAUCGAGACAUCGUGGGCGUCGGCGUUGACACUGCGUCAGUCGAUUUUGGACCAUCACAGGACUUUACAGUACACAUCACGCUUUCAGACCAUAGUCUGUAUAUUAUAGAAAACGUUGCCAACUUGGAUAUGAUUCCAGUGAAAGGUGCGACCAUCUAUGCCCUGCCCAUGAAGAUAGCAGGCGGAAGUGGGGCUCCUUGUCGCAUUUUCGCCACCUGGAAUUACACCAUCUCUGUCAAAGACUCAAUUUUGGAACAGAAAAAAACUGAACUUUAA